AUGAAAAUCAAAAUAACAUACGUUAAGAACCAAGAAGUGUUUAUUACACUGGACAUUGGCUCGCGAAAUCUUAAUUUGUUCGUAGGUCGCAAUGGCAAGUAUCAAGAGCAGCUCAUGUUUCAGGCAGAACCAGUUCCACGAAGAUUACAGGACGACAAUUUAUUUCAAACACAAAGACCCAUAGGGAUUAGAUUCAACGCUAACUUGGCAACCAACGAAGGGACGUCCACUUCUCAUCCUAUUACAAUUCAAGGUUCAACCGGGCUGUAUGAAAAAACGACCGAGGCAUUGAAUCUUUGGCCAACAAGGCCUGGAAGUGCUUGGAGGAACUUUUCGUAUACAGAUCUUAUCACUCUCGCCAUCUUUUCAACUAGUGAUAGGAGGAUGACUGUGAAAGAGAUAUAUGCUUGGGUGGCACGGAAUAUUCCACACUUCUAUACGAAGAAAUAUGAACCUGCUGCAAGUGGAUGGAAGAACACCAUACGUCACACUCUGUCCAUUAGAAAGCGAUUCGUAAGGAUUCCGACUCAGAGGGAACGACGUAGCCUUUGGACCAUUAAACCCGAAUAUCUACAUGUUGUUUUUACUGAAAUUUCCCAAAAAAUUUCAGCGGAUGGUUCGUUUAUGACCCCGGACUACGAUCAUACGACAUUUUACCCGGGCUAUUCUUCUCUGCCUUGUGGAGCCAUUCUCAUGCCCAGGCCCUCCUCAUCUUACGGAAAAUUCUAG